GUUGUAAAGAGCCAAUGGGCAAUGUCAACUCAUCAUCCCAACAACUUUGAAGCUCUCCCGCAUGUGAAAUUCCAGCCCCCCACCACAACGUCAUCUCUGAUCAUUGACUGCGAACAUCCAACCUCGCCGCGUGCGAAGAUCGACAGCAGGCGACUUUGACGAUGCACGCGAUGAUUUUGCAAUAUCUUGCCUUCCCUUGACUUCCUGUCCAAUAACACCGCGGUGCAUCCAUCCAUCAUGGCAGCUCACAUGUCGCGGAAAGAGAUACUCGGCAAGGUGCACAAGAUGGUGCCGCCGAUGCUCGAGAAGUUCCACAAAGGCCAGCUGGGCCGAGUGGCGGUGAUAGGUGGCAGCGAAGACUACACUGGCGCCCCAUACUUCUCCGCCAUGGCGUCGGCAAGGCUAGGAUGCGACAUGUCCCACGUCAUCUGCGAACCCAGCGCCGGCAUGGUCAUCAAAACCUACUCGCCCAACCUAAUGGUGCACCCCUACAUGCGGCAAGAGAAGAACAUGGCCAAGCACGAGACAAUCGAGAGCAUCACCGAGCCCAUCAUCGCCAUGCUCGACCGACUCCACGUCAUCGUCAUCGGCCCGGGCCUCGGGCGCGACGCCGCAAUGCAAGAGACGUGCGCGCGCGUGCUCAAAGAAGCGCGCAAGCGGAGCGUGGGCUUCGUGCUCGACGCCGACGGGCUGCUGCUGGUGCAGAAGCAGCCGGACUUGGUGCAGGGGUACAAGGAGUGCAUUCUCACGCCCAACGUGGUGGAGUUUGGGCGGCUGGCGAAGAGCCAGAAGAUUGAUACCGACGAGGGCGAUCCGUCGAAGGUGUGCGAGAAGUUGGCGCAGGCGCUGGGCGGCGUGACGAUUAUUCAGAAGGGCAAGGUGGACUACAUCUCCAACGGGUCGUACACGCUCGUGUCGGAUGGAGAGGGCGGAUUGAAGAGGAGCGGUGGGCAGGGCGAUACCCUGACCGGAACGUUGGCGACACUGCUGGCGUAUCGCAAGGCGUAUCUGGAACGCUUGUGGGAUCAUGAAAAUGACAUGGCGCCCGACGAGUUGCUAGCCUUCGCGGCGUAUGGCGGCUCGGCCAUCACGAGGGAGUGCUCGCGCCUGGCGUUCAAGGAGAAGGGGCGGAGUCUGCAGGCGGCCGAUCUGACGGACUAUGUUCACCCCGCUUUCCUCGACCUGAUUGGCGAGCGGUCAACGGAUGAGAGCAAGCUAUGAGGCAUGUAUAUAGUCUGCGGGCUGGUCGUGGACUGUGCUGAGCAAUAUCAACGAGAACGUGAUGAAAUAUGAUCAGAUAGAUUACUGCAGCUCGACAUGACGAUCGGCA